CUACUUAACCAAGUCAAGCAAUAAUUGAAUGAUUUCAUCACGCUGUAGCAUCAUCGGACUCCAGAGGUGUCACCAUACCCAGCAAGUGCAGGUGCUCUGUCGCCGUCACCAGUGCAGCAGAUGGGGUUUGCUGACUCAUCACCAACUCACCAGGCAGCCAGCUCCUGCAAGAAGACAGCCGAGGAAUGCGCACCACUGCAGAGCAGAGGUUUCUGGCAACAGCUCUUCAGAUGGCGGGACGUUCGAAAGUGACGUCCCUGUUCCCAAAAGGAGCGCAACUGUUGCGCUUCCUCGCUUCUUAAGUUCCCCUGGCAAAUUGUUCGCCUUGGCAGGCCUUCUGAAGAUCCUGGUGGUCACCUUGCACACGGUCCCUGUAGGCUUCUCAUGCCCAACAGGACUGGCGGCAGCCUCCACCAUGAUACCAUUCGGCCUCGCUCUCGUUCUGCUCUCACGCUACCUGCUCGAGAGGGACUUCAUGCGGUGGAAAUGGUCGAUUCCUGUGCUCGUGUUGGGAUCAAUUGUCUUGAUCUGGCUCAACCGCGCCUUGCUACCGGCAAGGGUGCCUGUGAAACAAAAUGGGAGUGUCAACACGGCUGCAGAGGUGAGGCGUGCGCGGCAGCAGACACCAGUGACUCGCCAGAGUCCCCCCAGCACGGCAGAUGCAGAGCGCCUUUGGGACAAGUAUGAGAAGGUUGCCGAGGAUCGAAGCAAGGCUGCAGCUGCAAAGGCCAAGUGACUACCUUCGUAAAGAAGCCAGUGAGUGUGAGACCUGUGAUUUAUGACCUCCAGAGGGGCCUAUGUGAGGCCAAUAUUGAUCGGGGCGGAC